AACCCAGGGCCAUUGUAUAUUUUUUCCAGCCAUAGCUGGGCUGUGAAACUGGAGAGCUGUGUGCCAGCGACUUGUUCGGUACUUGGUUUUUUCUUUUCUUUCUUUUUUUCUUUUUCUUUUCUUUUUUGUUUUUUUCCUUUCCUUUCUUCUUUUUUUCUGUUCUUUCUACUGGAUACCAUAUAUACCACGCAUCCAUACAACGGUUUACUGUGUUCAGAUGGGACCUGUUUCCUGGGGGCUCUCGUUGAUAUCCGUGGAGCUCGCGAAGAUCAGCCUGGCUACGGCUACAGGGAGGCAAAGGAAGAGGGCAUGGGAUAGUAUCAGGGCACUGCUAUCCUCGGAGAUUCUUCGUGACAUGGUUUCGGGUUCCUGUUUUCUUACUUCUCUAUUCUCCUUUCGAUUUUCAUUUCCUUUCGAAGUCCCUCGUUUCCUUCCUUCUCUUCUUAUUUCUUUUUAUUCAUCAUUGAUCUUCUUCAUAUUUCUUCUCGUUUUUGGUCAUAGCUUGGGGCUGUCUGCUGUAUAUCCCAGGCUCAGAUUGGACUUUGCCCGUUCAUUUGUGGGCGGAUCUCUUACAAGAUAGAACCGGCGUCUGUUCAGAAGAGCAUUACGGUUUCUGAUCAGAGGCGGAUAGAAAGACACUUGCUUCUGCGGCUUGUACUACACUUCUUUAUUGCUUUCUGCCUCGCUGGACCUGGGCA